AGGCCGCCGCCUGGGCCGCUCGACUUCCGGGUCAAAGGGGCCCGAGCUGCCGGGUCCCCCGUGGCCGCCGCCGCCGCCCCCCGCGCCCGCCACUUCCGGGGCCGCAGUCCCGGGCAUGGAGCCGCGAGCUUGAGGCGCCGCCGGCCCUGGGACGCCCUGCCCAGCCCGGCCGCCUCCCCGCGCCAGCCCCGAGCCCCGGCUCACCCACCCCGAGUUCAGCCAAGUGGUUGAUGCGGAAGGUUAAGAAGCUGCGGCUGGACAAGGCGAACACAGGACGUUGGAGAAGCUUCUCACUGAAUUCUGAGGGGGCGGAGAGGAUGGCCACCGGGGCACCGACGUCUGACCGGGGCGACGCGGUCGAGAUGGAGGACCCUGCCUCCCGCUUCCAGGUGCAGAAGCACUCGUGGGACGGGCUUCGCAGCAUCAUCCACGGCAGCCGCAAGAACUCGGGCCUGAUCGUCAACAAGGCUCCACACGACUUCCAGUUCGUGCAGAAGACGGAUGAGUCGGGCCCCCACUCCCACCGCCUCUACUACCUAGGGAUGCCCUAUGGCAGCCGAGAGAACUCCCUGCUCUACUCCGAGAUCCCCAGGAAGGUCCGGAAGGAGGCCCUGCUGCUCCUGUCCUGGAAGCAGAUGCUGGAUCACUUCCAGGCCACGCCCCACCACGGGGUCUACUCCCGGGAAGAGGAGCUCCUGCGGGAGCGGAAGCGCUUGGGCGUCUUCGGCAUCACCUCCUAUGACUUCCACAGUGAGAGCGGCCUCUUCCUCUUCCAGGCCAGCAACAGCCUCUUCCACUGUCGGGACGGGGGCAAGAACGGCUUCAUGGUGUCCCCCAUGAAGCCCCUGGAAAUCAAGACCCAGUGUUCCGGGCCCCGGAUGGACCCCAAGAUCUGCCCCGCCGACCCUGCCUUCUUCUCCUUCAUCAACAGCAGUGACCUGUGGGUGGCCAAUAUCGAGACAGGCGAGGAGCGGCGGCUCACUUUCUGCCACAGAGGCUUGUCCAGUGUCCUCGACGACCCCAGAUCUGCGGGCGUAGCCACCUUCGUCAUCCAGGAAGAAUUUGACCGCUUCACUGGCUACUGGUGGUGUCCCACAGCCUCCUGGGAGGGUUCCGAAGGCUGCAAGACUCUGCGGAUCCUAUACGAGGAAGUCGAUGAGUCCGAAGUUGAGAUCAUUCACGUGCCCUCUCCUGCGCUAGAAGAAAGGAAGACAGACUCCUACCGGUACCCCAGGACAGGCAGCAAGAAUCCCAAGAUUGCCUUGAAACUGGCCGAGUUCCAGACCGACAGUCAGGGCAAGAUCGUGUCCACGCAAGAGAAGGAGCUGGUGCAGCCCUUCCGGACGCUCUUCCCGAAGGUGGAGUACAUCGCCCGGGCCGGCUGGACCCGGGACGGCAAAUACGCCUGGGCCAUGUUCCUGGACCGGCCUCAGCAGCGGCUCCAGCUCGUCCUCCUGCCCCCGGCCCUGUUCGUCCCCACCACCGAGAGUGAGGAGCAGCGGGCCGCCUUCGCCAGAGCGGUGCCCCGGGACGUCCAGCCGCACGUUGUCUACGAGGAGGCCACUGACGUGUGGAUCAACGUUCACGACAUCUUCUAUCCCUUCCCCCAAGCAGAGGGAGAGGACGAACUCUGCUUCAUCCGUGCCAAUGAGUGCAAGACCGGCUUCUGCCACUUGUACAAGGUCACCGCUGUCUUGAAGCCCCAUGGCUAUGACUGGACCCAGCCCUUCAGCCCCAGGGAAGAUGAAUUUAAAUGCCCCAUCAAGGAGGAGAUCGCACUGACCAGUGGUGAAUGGGAGGUUUUGGCGAGGCACGGCUCCAAGAUCUGGGUCAAUGAGGAGACGAAGCUGGUGUACUUCCAAGGCACGAAGGACACGCCCCUGGAGCACCACCUCUAUGUGGUCAGCUACGAGACGGCCGGCGAGAUCGUGCGCCUCACCACGCCCGGCUUCUCCCACAGCUGCUCCAUGAGCCAGAACUUCGACAUGUUUGUCAGCCACUACAGCAGCGUGGGCACGCCACCCUGCGUGCACGUCUACAAGCUGAGCGGGCCCGACGACGACCCUCUACACAAGCAGCCGCGGUUCUGGGCCAGCAUGAUGGAGGCGGCCAGCUGCCCUCCGGAUUAUGUGCCCCCGGAAAUCUUCCACUUCCACACACGGGCGGACGUGCGGCUCUACGGCAUGAUCUACAAGCCACACGCCGUGCAGCCGGGGAAGAAGCACCCCACUGUCCUGUUUGUGUACGGAGGCCCGCAGGUGCAGCUGGUGAAUAACUCCUUCAAAGGAAUCAAGUAUUUGCGGCUCAACACUCUGGCGUCUCUGGGCUACGCCGUGGUCGUGAUCGAUGGCAGGGGCUCAUGUCAGCGAGGGCUUCGGUUUGAAGGGGCCCUGAAAAACCAAAUGGGCCAGGUGGAGAUCGAGGACCAGGUGGAGGGCUUACAGUUCGUGGCUGAGAAGUAUGGCUUCAUUGACCUGAGCCGGGUCGCCAUCCACGGCUGGUCCUACGGAGGCUUCCUCUCGCUCAUGGGGCUGAUCCACAAGCCCCAGGUGUUCAAGGUGGCCAUCGCAGGUGCCCCGGUCACAGUCUGGAUGGCCUACGACACGGGGUACACGGAACGCUACAUGGAUGUCCCAGAGAACAACCAGCUCGGCUACGAGGCGGGCUCCGUGGCCCUGCACGUGGAGAAGCUGCCCAACGAGCCCAACCGCCUGCUCAUCCUGCACGGCUUCCUGGAUGAGAACGUGCACUUUUUCCACACAAACUUCCUCGUCUCCCAGCUAAUCCGAGCAGGAAAGCCUUACCAGCUCCAGAUCUACCCCAACGAGAGACACAGUAUCCGCUGCCCGGAGUCCGGCGAGCACUAUGAAGUCACACUGCUGCACUUUCUACAAGAAUACCUCUGAGCCCCUGCGGGCUGGCACUUU